GGCGUGGCCCGCGCCGGAAGGCGGAAGUGCCGCGGCGUUUCCCGUCUGUGGCGGAGCCGCCGCCGGGCGAGCGCGGCCGGGGGGAGACCCGGGAGAGACGCGAGAGGCACCGGGGGAGCGCCGGGCGGGCGGCGAGAGGCUCCUGCGGCACUGUGAGAGCGCGGGGGGCCGCGGCGGCGGGGCCCGGUGCGGCCUGGCGCGGCCCGGUGCGGCCUAGCGCGGUGCGGCCUAGUGCGGCCUAGCGAGGCCUAGCCCGGCCCGGCCCGGCGCGGGGAGGCUCCGCCGGCGCCUGGCCGGGCCCGGCGCGGGGAGAAGAGGGAGGAGGAGGAGGAGGAAGGCCAUGGCGGCGCUGGGCGGCCCCGGGCCGCGGCCGGACCCGGUGGAGACGCUGCAGGAGGAGGCGAUCUGCGCCAUCUGCCUCGACUACUUCGCCGACCCCGUGUCCAUCGGCUGCGGGCACAACUUCUGCCGCGGCUGCAUCUCCCGCCUGUGGGCCCGCGGCGCCGCGCAGCCCGGCCCGGGCGCCUCCGCCCGCGGGCCCGAGCUGGGCGAGGACGAGGAGGAGGAAGAGGAGGAGGAAGACGAGGACGAGCUGGAGGAGGACGAGCUGGACGUGGAGCAGGAGGAGGAGGAAGAGGAGGAGGCCGCCGGCGAGGAGGAGGAUGAUGACAUGUGGGAGGAGGAGGAGGAGGAGGAGGAAGGCGAGCUGUGGGGAGACCCCGCUGAGGAGGAGGAGGAGGAGGAGGAGGAGGAGGAAGAGGAGGAGGAAGAGCCCGCGGCGUGGGCGGGCGGCGCGGCGCAGGGCGGCGGGCUCUACUUCGACGAUGAGGACGCGAUGGAGGAGGACGCGGAGGAGGAGGAAGAGGAUGAGGAAGAGGAUGAGGAAGAAGAGCGGCGCGGCGUCUUCACGUGCCCGCAGUGCCGCAAGUCCUUCCUGCAGCGCUCCUUCCGCCCCAACCUGCAGCUGGCCAACAUGGUGCAGAUCAUCCGCCAGCUGCACCCGCGGCCCCCGCGCAGCCCGGGGACCCCGCCCGGCGCCCGCGGCGCGCCCGGGGGGCCCCCCGAGCUCUGCGAGCGGCACCAGGAGCCGCUGAAGCUCUUCUGCGAGGUGGACCAGGCCGCCAUCUGCGUGGUGUGCCGCGAGGCGCGCGCCCACCGCCAGCACAGCGUGCUGCCGCUCGACGAGGUGGUGCAGGACUGCAAGAACAAGCUGCAGAGCCACCUGGAGCCCCUGAGGAAGCAGCUGGAGGCGCUGCUGAAGCAGAAAUGCAGCGAGGAGGAGAAAAUCUCCGUGCUCAGGGAGCAGAUGCAGGCGGAGAUGCAGGAGCUGGAGGCGGAUUUCGAGGUGCUGCACCGCUUCCUGGCGGGGGAGCAGGUGCUGCUGCUGCGGCAGCUGCAGGAGCGGCACGAGGCGCUGCUGGCGCGGCAGCGCCGCAACCUCGGCGCCCUGGAGGAGAGGGGGGCGGCCCUGCGGCGCCUCAUCAGCGACGCCGAGGCCGCCGGCAGGCAGGACGGGCUGCAGCUGCUCAAGGACAUCAAGGGCACCUUCAUCAGGUGCGAGAACAUCAAAUUCCAGGAGCCCGAGAUGGUGCCGGUGGACGUGGGGAAGAAAUUCAGGAAUUGUUUCCUGCAGGACGUGGUGAUGAGGAAGAUGGAAAAGGUCUUCAGCAAAGUGCCCCAAGCCGACGUCACCCUGGACCCCUCCACGGCGCACCCCCGCCUCAGCCUGUCCCUGGACCGGCGCAGCGUCCGUCUGUCCGAGCGGCGCCCGGAGCCCGCGGCCGGCGCGCGGCGCCCCGACGGCGACCUGUGCGUGCUGGGCGCGCCCGGCUUCAGCGCCGGCCGCCACUACUGGGAGGUGGAGGUGGGCGGGCGCCGCGGCUGGGCGGUGGGCGCCGCGCGCGAGACCCCCCGGCACCGCCCCAAAGGGGCAGGGGGAGCGGCGGCGCCCCCGAGGCGGGAGAUCUGGGCGGUGGGCACCAGCGGCAAGAAGUACCAGGCGCUGACGGCCACGGAGCAGACGGCGCUGGCGCCCGGCGAGCAGCCGCGGCGCUUCGGCGUCUACCUGGACUACGAGCGGGGCCAGCUGUGCUUCUACAACGCCGAGAGCAUGAGCCACAUCCACACCUUCCACAUCUGCUGCCGCGAGCGCGUCUUCCCCUUCUUCCGCGUGCUGGCCCGGGGCACGCGCAUCAAGAUCUGCACCUGACCAAAACGGGGGGAACGGCCCCAAAAAAAGGGGCUGCUGGACUCGGGGGUGGCUGCGGGUGAUUGGUUUUGAGGUUGGUGCUCUUCAUCUUCAUCAUCCUUGGGAGUGGGGCCAGUGAGCCACAUCCACACCUUCCACAUCUGCUGCCGCGAGCUGGCCAAGAUCUGCACCUGACCAAAACGGGGGGAACGGCCCCAAAAAAAAGGGGCUGCUGGACUCGGGGGUGGCUGUGGGUGAUUGGCUGGUGAGGUUGGUGCUCUUCCUCGUCGUCUUCAUCUUCGUCAUCCUCGGGGAGCGGGGCCAGUGAGCCACAUCCACACCUUCCACAUCUGCUGCCGCGAGCGCGUCUUCCCCUUCUUCCACGUGCUCGCCAAGAGCUGCACCUGACCAAAACGGGGGGAACGGCCCCAAAAAAAGGGGCUGCUGGACUCGGGGGUGGCUGUGGGUGAUUGGUUUUGAGGUUGGUGCUCUUCAUCUUCAUCCUCCUCGGGGAGCGGGGCCAGUGAGCCACAUCCACACCUUCCACAUCUGCUGCCGCGAGCGCGUCUUCCCCUUCUUCCACGUGCUCGCCAAGAUCUGCACCUGACCAAAACGGGGGGAACGGCCCCAAAAAAGGGGGAGCUGGACUCGGGGGUGGCUGCAGGUGAUUGGUUUGGAGGCUGGUGCUCUUCAUCUUCAUCCUCCUCGGGGAGCGGGGUCAGUGAGCCACAUCCACACCUUCCACAUCUGCUGCCGCGAGCUCGCCAAGAUCUGCACCUGACCAAAACGGGGGGAACGGCCCCAAAAAAAGGGGGAGCUGGACUCGGGGGUGGCUGCGGGUGACUGGUUGGUGAGGUUGGUGCUCUUCCUCCUCGUCUUCAUCUUCAUCAUCCUCGGGAGCGGGGUCAGUGAGCCACAUCCACACCUUCCACAUCUGCUGCCGCGAGCGCGUCUUCCCCUUCUUCCGCGUGCUCGCCAAGAUCUGCACCUGACCAAAACGGGGGGAACGGCCCCAAAAAAAUCAAAAAGGGGGAGCUGGACUUGGGAGUGGCUGUGGGUGAUUGGUUGGUGAGGUUGGUGCUCUUCCUCCUCGUCUUCAUCUUCAUCCUCCUCGGGGAGCGGGGCCAGUGAGCCACAUCCACACCUUCCACAUUGCUGCCGUGAGCUGGCCAAGAUCUGCACCUG